AUUAGCAAACAAUUAUAGCCAAAGUUGUGAUAUGGAACAAGUGAAGUUGCUAGGUUUUUGGUAUAGCCCAUUUAGUCAUAGAGUUGAGUGGGCUCUAAAGAUUAAGGGUGUAAAAUAUGAAUAUAUUGAAGAAGAUCGAAAUAACAAAAGCUCUUUGCUUCUUCAAUCCAAUCCAAUUCACAAGAAAAUUCCAGUGCUAAUUCACAAUGGGAAGCCAAUUUGUGAAUCUAUGGUGAUUGUUGAAUACAUUGACGAGACAUUUGAAGGCCCUUCCAUCUUACCUAAAGACCCUUAUGAUCGAGCUUUAGCUCGUUUUUGGGCUAAGUUCCUUGACGAUAAGGUGGUAACAAUGGUGAAUACUUUCUUACGCAAAGGAGAGGAAAAGGAAGUUUGUGAGAUGUUGAAAGUUCUUGAUAAUGAGCUCAAGGAUAAGAAGUUGUUUGUUGGUGACAAAUUUGGGUUUGCUGAUAUGGCUGCAAAUUUUGUGGGACUUUGGCUAGGAAUUUUUCAAGAAGCCUCUGGAAUUGUAUUAGUAACAAGUGAAAAAUUUUCAAAUUUUUGUGCUUGGAGAGAUGAGUAUGUUAAUUGCAGUCAAGUCAAGGAAUAUUUACCUCCAAGAAAUGAUGAGUUACUUGCUUUUUUUCAAGGUCAAGUUCGCACUUAUGCUGCAGCUUCUGCUUCUACUCUAAAAUAA